GUAGAAUGGAUUAAUUUGUAGUGGUGGAAGUGAAUGGAAAGGAGGACACAACAAAAACAAAAACGAGGAUUGAGGUGGCGGAGGCACCGAGGAGUUCCAUGCAAAGACAACUACGUUACAACCUGCGGUACAGAACUCAACCGGGUCGUAAAAGGGGAUGAAGCGGAGGAUGGUCCAUAAUAUGAGCACUUAGUCAUGUGGAUCGGGCUUCGCUCUUCACUAGCUGGCAUUUUCCGUAGGCAAAUCCAAACCACUUUUUCUCAGCUUUGUAUCCAGUGUCCCACUGCUUUUGAACUUCAUAUCUCAAACAUCUCUCUGUUAAAGCACAUUAGUCGGCACUGUGGCUUAGUUACACGCCUCAAAUCAAAUAAAAUGCCCUACUCGUCUUUCUUAGUGGGGUGGUGUGUCACCGUCACCAUACCUUCAACUCCCGAUCGGCACAACGGACCCCGCUUCCACGCCACUUUUUGGCGCUCUACCACACUUCCUCCCAUCUACCGUUAUAAAUUCAUAAACCCAAUCUCAAAUUGUCAAAUAAACAUUGCAAUAGUGGUUAAAAUUAAAACGGGACUUUACGUUACAAUGAUCCGCUUGGGUGUUCUCAAAAAUACCCACACCCCUGCUAGAAAUGUAUACCUCAUACCAAUUCUGCCAAUAAGCGGUGAGUAGUUGUGAAGCAUAACGCAAAAUUUGGUGUGGAAACUGUCCCCUCGAGGGCCUCAUCUGCUUGACAUCGAGCGAUUGAGGACGAUUUCCGGUACCGAGUUCACGGGAAACUCUUCUAAGUGCUU